AUGCAUAACUAUGGCAGGACCGGUCCUCCCCUAAUUUCACCGAGCAUCGGCUUGUUUACCGCACGCAACUCUCAACCAGUCGCUCUAGCGACUUCGCCAACCACACUUGAUGCUCCCAUCGACCCUCCUAUUCCCUGUCGGCGCAUCACCUCGGCGAAGGGCAUAGUUGGUUAUCGCGGUCUGCAGACGAACGCGCCUUACCCCGGUCAUGACCAUGCCCAGUUUGCUUCAUAUGCCGGAAGUGUCGAUUCAUUCCAGUUUGAUGAAUACAUGAUAACCUGGCAUCCCUUGUAA